GAUAUUCCAUUCUCUAUAACUGUAUUGUUAUAGUGUUACUGUUAUUUGUUUUGAGCAACAGAAAGCGGUCACGCAAUGUCAGGGGAUAAGAGUGAGAUACGCGUCCAUCACCGUGUGAUUCAAUUCAUACAUGAAGCAGGUUUGUUGAGACUUUCGACAACAAUGCAGUCGAUAACAACAACAACAAUGAACAAUGAUUAAAGCUACAGAUGAGAGCUAUUACUCUGGCAACAGCCUCAGUCAUUUAUCAUAAAUUCUUCAGGUGUAAUAAUGUCAAAGAUUAUGAUCCAUACCUUGUAGCCACAACAGCCAUGUAUUUGGCCAGCAAAACAGAAGAAAACCUGUCCAAGCUGAGGGAUGUAAUUAAUGUAUGUUACAGAACACUGCAUAAAAACCGCCGACCUCUGGAAAUAGGAGAUGACUACUGGGCAAUUCGGAAAUCAGUUGCUCAAUGUGAGCUUUUCAUUAUGAGGAUGCUGAAUUUCAAAGUUGUAUUUAGCCACCCUCACAAGUACAUGCUGCAUUAUAUCAAAUCUCUCAGAGACUGGUUUGAGCCCUAUCAGUGGGAACGAUUGCCUGUGGCUAGGACUGCGUGGGCACUGUUACGUGACAGUUACUACGACAGCACAAUUUGUCUCUGCUAUAAACCCCAGCACAUCGCCAUUGCUAUGAUAUAUUUUGCUCUACAAGCUCAUGGUACAGAGGUUCCCUUCACUAAAGAGGCAGACACAAAGUGGUGGAAGGCAUUUGAUGAAGAUGUUAGUGUGGAAACCAUCCAAGAUAUUAUUGUUUGCCUCAUGGACAUGUAUGACUAUGAAAAUAUGGUCAGAUGACAAGACAUCUGCAUCAAGACAUGGAUUCUGUAUAUUGCAACAUUGCAGAUGUGAAAUGUUCUGUUCAUGGUUUUCACUUUGUUGUGCAGUACAGCCACAUUCCAGUCGAAUAUCCUGCGCCCAUCAUGGCUCCACGGUCGGCUUUUGGUGGGCCCACCAUGGUUGGAUCAUGGUCUGUUGUACCUGUCUGAUGGGCGUACAAUCCAAUCAGGAUACAUGUAUCAUGGGACCACAAUGGUACCAUUGUGGCCAGACGAUCUGAGCUUCAUUCUAAGAUAUUUCACGGCGCAUGAUUUUACGACAUCAACACAACAGCUACAUGUGUAUGUUCUUGGGGUGAGUCAGCAUGAAAACUCUACAACAGUGUAACUAUUUAGAUGUCUGCAGAUUAUUUACUGCAGCUAAGUGUGACGUCAUAGCUUCAUUCGCUUAUGAUCUUAACCUGAACGGGUAUGUAAGUUUAAAAUCUACAUUGUAUUAUAUAUGCUUGGUGUAUACGUGCAUAAUAGUCCCCUAUUGCAGGCUACAAACGCCGGUGCUGCAGACUAAAAUUUUAUGAGAAUUUGUGGAGCAGGGAAAAAAUACUUCUCGUCAAUACAUGAAGACACAAGGAAUUUGCCGUAAAUAAGCUUGUAACAAACAGUACAUGAACACUGGCAUAUUCUGAUCAGGAUCGCAGGAUGAUAUAUAUGCCCAUGAUGGUGCCAUGGUGCGUCAGGAUGGCAGAAUGGAGUGGACCAAGGUCUGUGUAUGAUGGCUGGACCAUGGCCUGGCAACGAUGUGCGUAGGAUAUUCAGCUAAUAUCCGGCUGUACUGCACUCAGCUUUGACAGGUGUUUAUAAGCAGGUGAAAAUUAAAAUGCUGGCAAUGGCUCAGAUGUUGGACUGCAACAAGAACAGUUUAAUUUUGCCAACCUGGUAUUGAUACGGGGUAAUUACUGUAUUUGAUACUGAGGAUGGAAGCUUGUGAGUCUGCCAUGUGAUAAUUGUGCUAUACAGUCUAGAGAUUUGAUGCCUGAAAUCCCUGUUCACCAUGCAAGGAACACCAUGUAGUUGACAAACAAAGGAAACAGCUGUUUAUUAUCGAGUCUCUGAUGCAUCAUCCUGUUCACACUGGUAUCGUCUUACACAGCAACCUUCGAAACAUGUUUUAAGUUUCAAAAAAAUAUAGUUCAUGUGAAAUCUGACA